CUGGGAAUUCCAUCCCAUUCCCUCCCCACCCUCACAGCCGGGAAUUCCUUCCCGAUAUCCCACCCGAAUCUCUCCUUUUCCCAUGGGAAGCCAUUCCCUGCGUCCUGUCCCUUCAUCCCUUAUCCCAAGCCCCUCUCCAGCCCUCUGGGAGCCCUUUUAGGCCCUGCGAGCAGCUUUGAGGCCUGCAUAUCGCGCCGCGUAUCGCGACAGCGCUGAGCACAACCCCCAUGGCGACAAGGCCGCAGUGGGGCUGUUGCCAUGGUAACUCCGCCACGACCCCCCUACCCCCGAGGACUACAACCCCCAUCAACCCUUGCGGCGCAGCGCAGGCUGUGAUUGGCUGGGAGGACGGAGCCAAUGGGAAGCGGCGUUGUUGGCGGGUGGAGCGCAAUGGCGGCGCUGGGCUCGGUGUGGGGCUGCAGGCUUGCCCUGCUGCACCGCUCCGUCCGCAGCCCUUUCCCGCUGCUCCCAAACCCUCUGGAGCCACUUCCCAGUGCUUCCAACCCGUCCGUCCACGGCCGCAUCCCGGUUCCAGCGUGGAAUUUCCAGCAAAUCCGUGGGAAAUCCCGAGGGAACGAGUACCAACCCAACAACUGGAAGCGGAAGAGGACUCACGGCUGGAUCAAGCGGAUCAGCUCUGCCAGCGGGAUCGCCGUGAUCCUGCGCCGCAUGCUCAAGGGCAGGAAAUCCCUGAGCCACUGAGGGAGCCUCGGGAAUCCGCCGGGAAUUUGGGAAUGAUCCCGCCGGGAAUUCGGGAUGAUCCCGCCGGGAAUUCGGGAUGAUCCCGCCGAGCCGUGGAGGUGGUGCCCGGCCCUUGCUCCCGGAGGGAUUUGGGACGCGGCUGCUGCUUAAGUUGUGAAAUUAUCCUGGGGGGGUUUUUUGUGUUUAAAUGCCGAGGGUUUGUGUUUAUUCCGAGAUAAACGUGGGAAUGCGAA